UGGGAGCGCGAGCGAUGAUGCAACCGCGGGCAACACUUGAGCUCGCGCUCAUUGGAGAGAGAAUUUGCCACAUAUGCACAUUGACAUGGCAGCACGGUCGGAUUACAGCAACACAACGCUAACGAAUGAGCACAAGCGGUUGACCCGACUUUUAAGUGUUGCAGCAUUUUGCUGAAAUAAUGUGUUUCUGCUUGGUGCAUCUGCCCAGGCACACAGCUGCAUUUUGGGGCAUUCAGCUUCUCACAAUACCAGCUUACACCAACUCCAGUUCUGCGAAGUCCGACAACUCAGGUCGGAGAGGGAGAGAGAAAGACAGUGGAAGUGGAUCCAAAUGAGCAAGCAGUUGCAACAGAAGAUAUCCAGCACAGAUCAGAACGGCGUUAGUGUUAUACAGAAUCAGCCACAUAAUAGUGCACUGAACCCAGCGGGAACUGCAGGACUACAGCAGGUUCCUCAACUAGUUCCAGUGAGUCCAGGAGGUGGGGGUAAGGCCACACCACCCAGCAAGAUGAAGAAGUCCUCUAUGGAUAAAAACAGCGAUGAGUACCGCCAACGGAGAGAACGCAACAACCUGGCCGUAAAGAAAAGCCGCAUGCGCAGCAAGCAGAAGGCACAGGACACCCAACAGCGUGUCAAUGAGCUGAAGGAAGAGAAUGAGAGACUGGAGGCCAAAAUCAAAUUGCUUAGCAAAGAAUUGAGUGUGCUCAAAGACCUGUUUCUAGAGCAUGCUCACAACCUCGCAGACAACGUGCAACCCCCUGCUUCUGGUGGAGGCCCCGGAGACCUCUGCAACAACAACAACAACAACAACAGUGGCAGUAACAGCAGCCAGUGAGGGCCUGAUGUUGGUUUGCAGUGUGCUCUGCUGUGGGCUGUGUGGAGGCUCUCUAGGCAAAUCAUUUUACUUAAUCGUAUUAUGCUUUUUCCCCUCCCGUUCCUGGAAUGUGUACUGUCCACGGUGUUUAACUUGUGCGUCUUCAGUCUGUACACUCAAAUUCGGUUUCCUUUUUCACUCGUAUUAUAUCUCAUCCAGAAUGUUACGAUCGCCAUAGCAACCGCAGAAAGUUCAACCCACGCUCUUGAUUUGAUGUGCAGGAGAUAAUUGUAAUAUCUGCCCUCCAUUCGUAAAGCAGCACGUCUCAGUGUCUUGAAACUUUGCAGUGUCUUGGAGGACCGUGGAAGCUCCUCAAAAGACAAUUUUGAAAUCUGGCCAAAGCAGGUCACGAAGAUUUAACAGUUGAUAUAAGAAGAGUAAAUGUGUUCCGUCACUCCACUCUAAUGUGGAUAGGAAGGAUUGAGAAAUGUAAAUAAUAGACAGCACUGUAGUUGGUUAACAUCAUUUUGAGUUGGAAUUGAGUAAGGAAGAUUUUCAACUGCAAAGAGUACCUAUUUUGUAUUCCUGCUUUUUUGCCUGUCAGCUUGGGUUGAUUCAAACUCUUAUUUGUUGACCAUGUCUUAGUUGAGCAAAUACACUGUUGUAUCUAUGGUAACAGACUCAAGACAGACUAAACGUAUUGCAUCAGACUCUAGGCAGCGUCUGCAUUACCAGUAGUCCUUAAAUCCCUACAGUUAAGAUCUCAAUUUUGACAAGGGUGGAGAAGAACAGAUAGAGUAGAAAAUUAGCUCUAGUGUAUAUGUCAGGGUGUUGGUAGGCAAGUUAACAAAUUAUUUCAUAACAGUAACUCCUCUGUCUUUGUAAAUACUGUUGAGAUAAGGCUGAGAAUGACUGGUGCUGAACAUUGAAAGUCAUCAAUCACCUGACGUGCCCUACAUUUAUUAAAUUAUGUAAAUUAUAAGUUAUAUUGAAAAAUGUUCUUAUCUGAAGAAGCUUUGUCUAACUAUGUUCAAUUUUGACCAUUUUGUGUCCCUGACCAGUCUCUGUGUGAAUUUACAUCUGCGGCAGCAGGUGUUGCUAAAAGUUAUUGGAGCAGCCACAUGACCUUUGCCCUCACUGAGUCUCGUAUAGCUAUGUGUUCCUGGAGUCGCUGUAGAUAGACAUUUGUACCUCAGGCUAUAUUUCAUAGCCUCACCAGACAGCCUUUAAGAUCUAUAUUCCUGUUUAGGAGGAAAUAAAAAGGGGAGGAUAAGAAAAGACAAGGCAAUCUUAUAAGAUGACUGAAGCAUCUUUAAUUCUACUGUAUAUUUUCAUUUUCUAUAUCUGAAGUUUUAAACAUUUAAAAUAAGCAUGAAAGGCAAUGCAUGAUUAGCACUAUUUAAACAACUAAUUAAAGGUCAUGCUCUAUAGAGGAAUAGCGGAUCUGCGACUGCAUACUUUUUGUAUUGUUGUAUCCGGCUGAGCUAAAAUAAAGCUAUUGUGUAAAAGUUCUUAAAAAUUAGACUUCAGUCGAUAUUUCAUGAAUAUUUGAUUGGCAUAUUUUGCUUAAGUAUGAGGGUUGCUGGGCAACUUGCUUUUUUACAUAAAUGUAUACUGGGUUUUUGUGCAUUGUAAAUUAAAAUUGAAUACAAAAUACA